GUGCGACGGACUUUUCCAAACACGACGAAUUUACGCCAGGUGACCACUCCAGAAACACAUCCUACUUUGAGGAAGCGACCAUAGAGAAGCGAGCAUAGGAUACAUAGCACUGGUUCUGUUCGCCAGCCCCAUUUCCACCAAUAGAGGGUUAUUAUUCCAGUCAGCCGCACACAGCUUCUGUUUGCGUCAAGGCGAUGCCAAAUUGUUGCUGUUUUGGUGGCCAACCACGGCGAAAGCGCCAGUCGGCCGGCCAAUUGAAAGCACCUGCUGCUGGAAACGGAUGCGCGGACUCGGCGAAGGCCAAACACAGCGAUGGCCUGAGGUCACCUCUAUCUUGCAACAGCUUCACAGCCUCAGAGUACUUCGACUGCGCGGAGCAGUUCUCAGUGGGAGAAGCCUCAACAAGUCCCAUCAGCAGCAUCCAUGGCACGCCACGCCAGUCAAUUAGCUGCGAGCAGACUUUGGGGCACAUGGGAACGCCUCGCGCGAACGGUGCUGAGCCAGGCGCCCACCAACUGAACUUCAACUUUUCUCACGGAGUGGACGCAGCCGUGCACUUGGGUGCGGGGAUUGGCCAUGCACACGCACAACAAGCGGAACCGACCACGCCCACGCUCAAAUCCGCCUUCGCCGCCGCAUCCGGUGCGCCGGCCGCGUUGGGUUACAGCUCGCCGGGAAAAGCCGGGGUGGAAACCGACGCGAUGGCGGGCGGAGCCACGUACGACGACCCCUCCAGCUACGCGCUGGCUGGCACAAGCGAAACAUCCGAGGAGCCCCUCCACGCGGCGGCGGCGGGCGGCCCCAUGUCACGGCUCGCGGGCUGCCUCAGCAUUCUCGAAAGCAUCCGUAUGCCCACGCUACCAGGCACUGGGUCAGGCACGCAAGCGGGGUCCUCAGCCGUGGCCGGCGCGGCGACCGGUGUCGGCGGGGUUGCCGGUGCAGCGUCGACGGCGGGGCCGGCGUCGCUGUCGCACGCGACGAGUGGAGCCGCGCCGAUGGGCAGCGGCAGGGGAGGCGGGGCCGGCCGCUCACGGCGGCUGGUGGGGAAGUUGGAGCCUGGUAGCUCCAUGCGGCGCCGCGACAUGUCUGAAUCGGUGCUAGAUGUGAGGGAGGCCUGGGACGAGUGCGCCGAGUGCCGGCCGCUGUGCAUGUCGGCGGCGGACGGAGGCGGCGCGGACGGACUCGCCAGCCCCAGCAGCUCGGGCCGGCCAUUCAUGGUGCGCGGGCAGGACUACAUGAAAAGCAAGGUCAAGAUCCCGGCAAGGGGCUCCAUCUACCGACUGCUCGCGGCUGAUGUGGUCAGCGGCGACACCAAGCUCACGCACGUGGCCAAGUUGGUCAACAUGGCCUCGCUACACCGCAUGGCGAGUGGCGGCGCCGGCGGCAGCGGCAGUGGCAGUGCGGGGGCAGGGACAGGGGCAGGAGCAGGAGCAGGGACAGGGGCAGGUGCUGGGGCUGCCAGUGUGACGGCGCCGCAAGUGGACCCGCACCUGCCGCCGCUCCUCAUCAUCACCAUCAUGCUGCCGCUCUACCCGGCCACGCUCUUCGGCGGCAACGACGGCCCCAGCCAAAGCCUGGUAUACUACUUCGCGCUGCCGCCGGGGUUCAAUCCCGCGACCUUUGAAAACCAGACGGCCCUUGGGCUUCUGCGGCGCUUCGUGACCAACGGCCGAGAGGCGGACGGAAGCCCCACGCGCGACAGGCUGAAGCUGAUUCCGCGUGUGGUCAACGUGGACGAGUGGGCGGCCAAGGGGCCACUCAGCCCCGCCGAGCACAAGCUGCUGGCCACCUACAACGACAAGCCCAUCCUCACGCGCCCCCAGCACUACUUUUACUCCGGGCCCGGCUACCUGGAGGUCGACAUCGACAUCCACUCCUACCAGUUCCUCGCACGCAAGGCCUUCAGCGCCUACUUCAACAGGCUGCAGAGCGUCAUCUUCGAGAACGCCUUUGUCAUCCAGGGCAACUCCCCGGAGGAGCUGCCGGAGCAGGUACUGGGCGCCGUACGGAUGUACCGCCUGGACAUGAUGAGGCCGCGCCCGCUGCGAGACUUCCUGCAGCUGCCGCCGGCGCCCGGCGGCGGGGCGCUGAUUGUGGCGCCGGCGGCGGCGCGGCUGGCGGGGCUGGUGUCUGCGAACUCUAGCAACUCGCAGGCGGUGGGUGUGCCGGCCGCGGGCGUGGCGGAGGGGGUGGAGGAGGAGGAGGAGGAGGAUACCGAUGGCGCGCUUUGAGGAGAGCUGUGCAGAGUUGAAGUGUGCGAUUGUGGUGGUGGUUUGACGCAUGCACGACCUGGAGUGGAGUGGAGCGGAACAGAGAUUACUAGCGCAGGGCAUUUAACUGCAGGCCCAUUGAACCGUGGCCUGGGUCCGAACAUCGUGGCUGUUCGCGAGGGGUGAUCGUGAAGCAACCCCGCGAAAGGAAGCUAGUCUGUCGCUGACAGUUUGCUGGUGAGGGUGCCGUAGCUAUGAUUAAAGCUUAUACCGUACUUGCAUGUCAUAUAGUGGAAUGUAGUGGGUGUUGUGCGGGUCCUAGGCCCGGGGGAUUCAAGGGGUUUGCGACGCGGAGCGCGGAUGCGUCUAAUUCAUAAUGGGAUAUUUUAGGGUGCCCUCUAUUUUUUUGUGGGGUGGGCUUAGCAAGCAGGUUCCCCAUACCCGGCCGCCCAAGCGAAAGGGCGUGAGUUGUGUGCUGCACGCACGUACUGGUAUUACGGUACAGCGCUCGGCCUGCGAUGCUUGGUAGUCUCUAGUUGUAAUCCUUUGGCAUCAUGAUGUACCCCCGAGGUUACUCAGGCGGUCAGGCAGAGAACUGGUGGACACUUCUGGCAGCCUCUUCAACUGCGUCCUGUGCCGGCUGUGCUAAUGUGCUCGUGCUUGAGAUCGGGACGCGGCUGGACACUCGGCGGGCGGUACAUACACAAGCUGACCCCGGCUAUGUACGGGAGGUGCGGGUAGUUUUGAAACCUUCGGCCUCAAACAUGCACCAACGUGGUGUGGACGCAGCCCACUUUCCCCUUGUGUCCCUGGAGGCAGUGUGGGCGGAUGACCACCACCGUGUGUACAUCACCCUCACCGUGUGUACAUC